GCAAGGCACAGCAGAGAAACCAACACGCACACGGCCACGCGUGCACGUACACGCGCGCACAAACACUCACUGUGCUCGGCUGUGGAGAGCGCAGAGAGAGAGAGAGAGAGAAAGACUGAGGGAGAACGAGAGAGAGCAUCGGAACGCAGCGGCUUGUGCGCGCGUGUGUGCAUGCGUGUGUGUAUGCGUGUGUGUGUCUGCGUGUGUGUGUGUGUACGCUCUCACUCGGCGCUAGAAACGACUGACGGGGCGGACAUGGAGCGAUUCGGGAAAAACGCUGGGAAGUGACCGAGCACUGACGCGAAGAGAGAAAAUCCUGCAAGGACGGAGGGGAAAUACGGGAGGAGAGAAGGAAGCACGGAAGGAAGGAAGGAAGGAGGGCGGCGAGAAAAGUCUGACAGAGGAUUGGAAGAGAGUGAAAGCGGCUCGUCUGGAACGCAGCAGGAUUCUAAGGAGUGAGCCCUGGGCUGGAUGGGACCCACCAUGCCCCCCAGUAAGAAGGCCCAGAGCCCCAGUAGUGGAGCCAGCGCUUCACAGGGCAUGAGCCCGCCGUACCGACAAGGCGACGCUGCGACGGCAGCAUCAGAGGCGGAGGCGGCGGACCUCUCCUUGUCCUUAUCAGCCUCCUUCUCCAAAGCUGAAGACGAAGAGCUCACCAGUCUUUCCUGGCUCCACGAGAGCACCGACCUCCUCAACAGCUUCAGCCACUCGGGCUUACGUAGCGUCUCCCCGCUGCUAGACCCCGACGGUCAGCACCCCCGCUCACCUUCUUCCACGUCGCCGUGCCCGGAUGACCCCCUGUUGGGCGAUGCACACUCGGCGUACGACUUGGCAGUGGGGGCCAAUAGGAAACCGCCGUAUUCCUUCAGCUGCUUGAUCUUUAUGGCUAUCGAGGAUGCGCCGAACAAGCGCCUGCCGGUAAAAGAUAUCUACGGAUGGAUCCUUGAGCAUUUUCCUUACUUUGCAAGCGCCCCGACGGGAUGGAAGAACUCAGUGCGCCAUAAUCUGUCACUAAACAAAUGCUUCAAGAAGGUGGAUAAAGACCGCAGUCAGAGCAUAGGAAAAGGAUCUCUAUGGUCAAUAGACCCAGAGUAUAGACACAACCUGAUCCAAGCACUGAAGAAAACACCCUACCAUCCCUACUCGACAGGCCUGGCCAGCCCCUCAACUUCCCCACCCACCCUGUCUCAGACAUUUCACCACAGCCACUCCAACUUCUCAGUCCUUGGCUCUUCUUCGCAUCCCUGUGGAUAUGUCAUCGAGAGUCCUCCAUUAUGGUCGGGGAGUCCCCUCUUCAGGAAGAAUGGCGGAGUCCUCCUACAAGUUCCUCGUGGUGUGAUUCAAAAUGGCGCCCGUGUAAGGAGCCAGGCGCUCUUCCCUGUGAUAAGACCCGUUCCUGUAAGCCCAGUAGGGAGCAGAACCUCGGCCAUAAGAUCGUCCAUAGGAGAUUAUCUGAAACGAGGCCAAGACAGCCCUUCCUGCUACUCUCCUCCGCCUUGCGCCGAGGAACUUCAGGAAGACCACAAUUACAGCACCGCCAAAUCCCCGAACAGGCUGGGGUCAUCGGAGGCCUCUGCCCCUUCGUCUCCGACGAACGACGACGACAUCAUCGCCGUGGAAAUCCAAUCCGACAUCAAACCCGAGCCCCGGGAGAUCCCGCUGGAUUCCCACGUCACGACCGCCGCAGCCACCUACCUUUCCCAGCAACCCCUGCGCGGACAGAGACGUACGUUGGGGGCGGGACCCGGGACCCUGGCGGGAAGCAGCUUCACGUGGACCAAAAACCGAGCGAGGGGCAUUAGCGACACGCUGCCUCUGAAGAAGCGGCGCGCGGUGGAAAAGCCGCCGGAGAGCGAUGACGAGGAGAUGAAGGAGGCGGCGGGGUCGCUGCUCCACCUAGCCGGGGUCCGAGCCUGCCUCAACAACAUCACAAACCGCACGGCUAAGGGCCAGAAGGAGCAGAAAGAGGCCCUGAGAAACUAAAAGACACAUAGUACAUAAUCACGUGAACACGUUAGCACGCAUACACACUGUACAACACACAACUAGAUCAACAGGUGACAUGUUUUAGUCUCUACGGACACGUCUCAUUUCCCUCUAUCUAUCUGCAGGGCAUUAGGUGAAUCCUACUUAUUUGUGGCAAUAUCAAAAAUCUAUGUUUUCCUACAUGUUCAGCAACACUAAUGGGUACUUCUCAUGUGUCUUUUGUUGUUGUUUUAUUUUUUUUUCAAAGGGGAUGAAAGCCAUAGUAAAGCAUUCAUUCGGACAAGUGGGCAAAAGUGAAUCAGUACAAGGACACGAGAUGGCUGUUUGUUUUGCAUAUUUGUUUGUUUGCGUGCGUAACCUGUAGCAAUCUUGCAGUGAUGCCAGCAAAGGCGGCAGAGCCUACGGAACUCGGGCGAGGGGAAAGGGGUGGGGCAGGGGGCGGGGCCUCACUGGCAUCACUCUCCUUACAUCCACGAGCACAAAUGUGAGUCUGUGCCAAAGAGAAGUGACCAGGUUGCUUCAUGUAGCCAAUAUGACAGCUGACAAAAAAAAAAUAGACUUUUAAAAAACGAAAAAAAAACACUCGAAGGCAACGGUAGUUAAGCUUGACGAGGACGACCUUAAAUGUCAAAAUAAUUGUAAAACCCAACGUGAUUAUAUACUCAUUCUUGAUAUUAUUUUAUGCCACUUAUUAUAAAAAAAAGCAACAUGGUUUAUUUCAAGAGCACUCAUAGUAUUUAAGAAUAGAUAUAUUAAAAUAUUGAAAAAAAAAAAAAUCUCAUGUUUCUCACCAUAGAGAUGGAUAGUGUGCCGGGUGUGAGGCAAUAUCUCCUUCAUUUCGUUGUUGUUGUUGCAUCAUGUAAACGUCCCCGAAACUUUACCCAGUACUUCCUGUCUUGAGACACCUGGAAAAGACAUUGUAGCUUCCCGUGGCUACCAUAUUCAUUUGACAAUGUCCAAGAACUGUGUUAGGGGUCAUGUUUGUGUCUAUUUCCUCCUCACUCUACCCUCAUAAAGAUAUAAGCAAUUUGUCCCACGCAGGCAACUCUGUAAAAAGUUAGAAAAUAUUUUAUUAUUUUUUUUUCUUUUCUUAAUUGAAGCAAUUUGACCUGCAGGACUUUCUCAGUUAUAUUGCAUGGGUGCUUGUAAAUAAGAUAAAAAGCAAAUCUUUUUUAUUCAAAGAACAUGUAAGAUAAAUUAUGUAUUUAGCAUGAAGCAUGACUUAUUUUCAUAUAAACCUUGAUCCUAGAGGAAAGGAAAAAAAAAAGGUUUUUCGCCAAUUCUUAUACCCGUGAAUUUAUUGGAUUUUUAUUUUAUUUUUUUCUCCCUUCUCCUGCGUUUAUUCGAAUCCUUUUGGGAUUCUUGAGCGGGCUUUCAAAGACACACCUUCAGGGAGCAACGUGGGGACGUAACUCUGCAACUCGACGCCCGAGGGUGCCACCCCUAAAAGUUGGCUUCUUGUCUUCGGCUCAUGCAGUGGUUUAGGACUUUAGGUGAUCAGUGUUAACCCUUGCGUUAUUCCACAAUACAUCUGUGGUGUGUGUGUGUGUGUGCACAUUGUUUAACAUUGUGCCUGCCUGCCCUCAGUACCUCUGUUGUCAUAUCUCGGACAUGUGUUGACAGACAUUUGAUUUGUUUAACAUGACAGUAUUGUUUUUUUUAUUUGCCCUCCAGCGUGUGUGCGUGCACAUGUGUGUGUGUGUGUGUUGUUUCCAUCAGCAUUGUUUUAUGUAAAUGUACCAAACAGAUGGACAUGUUGUCAGUGUCCUAAAAGAACCUCAUAUGUCCACAUACAAAGUUUUUUUUGUUUUGUUUUGUUUUUUAGAAAGGUAUUAAAGAGAACAAGGAAUGCAAUCAAUGGCAUUGUACACAAAAAAAAUUAGGUCUAAAUAUACAUGCUUGUUAAAAUUAGGGAUGGGCAUUUUACAAAAAAAAAUCAAAUGAAAAAUGAGUCAUUGUUUUCAAAAUAUUAUUUUAUAGUUAGUAGUUCUGAACUGACCAUUUUGUUCUCAAACUUUAUACACCCAGUGUGUCCUAAAACAAUAGUUAGCUGUCCACUAUAAUAAAAAAUAUAUAUACAGAAGCAAAUUAGUGUUCAUUUAAAAUGUGGCCAAAGUCCUAUUAAGGUGUCUGUAAUAUCGCAAGCCACUCUAACAUUAAUCAUUUCAACAUUAACACUGCACUAAAAUGUGAAAUUAAAUGUUUGACUUAAAUAUUCCACAAGAGUUUUAAACAAUCUGCAAAUCAAUUGUUAUGCCCAUCCUUAAUUGAAAUGUUGAUUUGCAGUUUUAAAUUCCAAAAAGUUCAAACAGUAUUAAGCAUUUUUUUAAUCUACUGCAUAAGUUGCUAAAGGUAAGCUAAUUCCGCUCACUUUCAUGGUUGUUAAAUUUAUCUCUUCCAGCUUUGAAUGAAAGAACGACUUAAUUGGGAAUUCAUGAAGCAGACGUUCUUUUAUUCUGAAGCGAUUUUUGAUAUUGUGCCGGCGUUUGUGCUUUGGCUUCGAACGUGGCUUUUAUUUGCUUGGAAGCUGCAGUACAAACGCGCACUGGAGCAGUGAGCCAAGUAUCUGAACGUAUGCAUGUCCCAUCCACACUGGUGAAAUCCUUUUGCCAACUGUAGCAUGCAUCACUGGCUGUUUUUUUUUUUUUUUUUUUUUUUUUUUUUGCAUUUUGUAUGGUAUCCAUGCUGACAAAAAACUAAGGCUCAAGGGAGGCAGUCAGUCAAGUGUCUUGUUAAGUGCCACCCGUCUCUCUUGUGCGAUAUCUGUGUGAGGUCAGGCCCUCUGCUGUAUUUACAGAAACAACCCACUCACGUACUGCCCAAAUGUCAUGUUGGUUUGGUAAGAGGCAAGAGGCUUUAAAUAAUCAUAAAAAAAAUAUAUUGUAUGUAAUUUCCCCUGUCUAGCUCAUUUGCAUUCAGGAACUCCUGAGCAAGCAAGUGGUAUACUUCACUGCCUAAAAAGUAUCUCAUUUAAAGCUGCCAAGCAAACUGACAAAAGCUUAAAAAAAGUUGCCAAUUUCUUUUCUCUUGUUCUGCUCUCCCGAGCAAAAUAGUCUACAGUACUGCCAUUGUAUUUGCUGACUGUCGAAGCUGAGUAUUGGAAAGCCAUAGGUUAGUGAUGUCAAAAAUGCAAAACGGUUAUCGAUCGGCGAGACGUGACGGAGAGUACACCCAGGUGCGUUGUUUUUUUUUCCGGUAAAUGUUCAACUCCUUCCUCUUCCUCUUCCUUAUUGUGCAAUCAUAUUGCCAAAGAAUGAGUUCCAGACCUGUUUCAUCACUACAUGUAAAUAUCAACGUUGUCCAAUACCGUGGCAAAAAAUAUAUAUAUAUAAAUGUUGUUUUAUUUUGUUUUCCAUUUUCUGAGAAACUGCAACGAUGUUUAUGUGAUGUAUUGUCUUCCAGUUGGUUGCAAUAAUAAAAAAAAAUCCAAGUUGCAGA